CCGAAAUAAUGCAAACUGGAAACAAUAGGAGUUGUCAAGUUGAAUAUCUAGAAACACCCGUCAAAUCGGAGAGUGACAAGAAGGAAUAUAGAGCCAUCAGAUUAUCAAAUGGUUUAGAAGCUUUGUUAAUAUCCGAUGAAGAUUUAAAGACACGCUCUUCUCAACAUCAAGAUAUGAAAAAUGAAAUGAAGGCAAUAUGUUGCUUAUGUGUGAGAACAAGAUUUUUUGAAGAGCCACCAGAAUUUCCAGGCAUAUCAUUUUUCUUCGAUCAUAUCCUUUUAGAUGAAUUCAAAAAACAUUGCGAAAAAUAUGAUUUUCGAAAACUUAUCUAUAAACAUGGAGGCAGUUGUAGUUACAUACAUAAUUUCGAAUAUACAUUGUCGUUUAUCUUAGAUAUGCCAGAGAAAAACUUUUUAUCAGUUCUCAUUCAUUUUGCUAAAUUUUUCAUUAACCCUCUACCGGAAAGAGAUGCAUUUAUGCAGAAUCGAAACGACAUAAAAGAAGAAUUUCGGACAGCUUUAAAUUCAGCCAAGGACAGAGUUUAUCAUCCACAGCUUUUCUCCUUUACGCGAACAGAUCAUCCAAUCAACAAGAUUAAUGAGGAUCUUAUUAUAAAAGCAAACGAAAAUUUGGAUUACUCGAAAUUAUAUGAAGAGCUACAAAAAUUCAAAGAGCGCCAUUAUGGUGCUGGUAGAAUGAAGCUGGUUAUACAGGCAAGUUUACCGCUUAAUACAUUGGAACAAUAUGUCACAAUUGAUACGUGUUUUGUUAAUAUACCAACUAACGAACUAUCUCGCGAUGAUUCUACCAAAUUAAUAAAUAAUGGUGUUCCUUUUGAUAUCGACGCUUUUAAAAAAAUGUAUAAAAUUUCUGCUUCAAAACCCAUUGGACAACUAAAAAUAACAUGGGCCAUGCCUCCGUUAUUUGAUUUAUAUAAAAGUAAACCAUAUCAAUAUAUCUUGUGGCGUAUUGGACACGAAGGAAAAGGUUCCCUAAUUAGUUAUCUACGCAAAAAAAUGUGGAAUAUUACCCAUUCCAAUGAGGACAUUUGUGUCACUACAAAUAGUUUCACGUACAGCUUAUUUCAGAUUAUUAUAGAUCUCUCCACUGAAGGAAAACGACAUGUGAAGGAGGUUCUAGAUAUAAUAUUUUCCUAUAUCAAUUUACUAAAGAAGGAAGGUGCGCAGAACAAAAUUUGCGACGAGCUUAAUAAGAGUAUAGAAAAUAGAUUUAGAUAUUAUGAUGAAGGAGAUCCAUUGACUAAUGUGAGCAAUUUAUGUAUAAGUUUACACCUCUUUGCGUCGCGCGAUUAUAUAACUGGAAACCUAAUUAAUUUUGAAUAUGAUCCAGAAGCUAUAACAAAAAUUUUGAAUUAUUUGAGGCCAGAGACUGCGAAUAUUAUGAUUUUCGACAAGGACUUUGUCAAUCCGAAAUUAGAUAAAGUCGAUUCAGAGUAUACAGGCACCGAGAUACCACAGGAAUGGCUCGAACACUGGAAAUCCGUCGAGCCAUUGCCAGAUUUUCAUUUACCGGAGAAGAAUGUAUACCUUCAUAUUGGACAUUCUUUAGAACCAUUGCCAGCAAAAGUUCCAAAAUAUCCUAUAAAAUUGUACAGUAAUAGUAUAUCAGAGCUUUGGUAUCGCCCGGAUCCCAAAUUUCGUUUGUUGCAAUCUUAUAUGUAUACACAUUUUAUUUCCUCUCUAGGACUUGAGUCACCGGAGAAUGCCGCUCUCAUGACAGUGUACUGCAACAUAAUAAAACUGCUAGUGGUGGAAGAAUUAGAUCCAGCUGUAAAGAGUGGGUACGGUUAUGACGUCAAUGUUAGUGAGAAAGGAAUUAUAACAAAAAUAUCCGGACCUAUGCCGAUCACAUUGUUGUUAAUUAUAAUAAAAUACAUGAUGGACUGUUCAAAUGUUACGAAGGAAAUGUUCGAAAUGAUCAGAGAUCAACAAGUUGAUAUCUAUAACGACACAUUUACUAAACCUGUGGAACUCGCUAAGGAUGUGAGAUUAUGGAUACUAAAGUUAGUCCAUUAUACAUACGUUGAUAUGCACAAUGCUCUACAAAAUGUCAGUUUUGAAGAAUUCCAAAAUUUUGCAAAAUUUUUUACCAAUCGUCUAUACAUUCAGUGUCUCGUGCAAGGCAAUAUAACGCAAGAUGCUGCGGUCAACUCUAUGCGACAAUGUGUUGAAACACUUAAAUGUGACUCUUUACAUUCUAGUAUGAUGCAACCGAAUAGAGUCUUUCAGAUACCCUUAGGCACAAGUUAUUACAAAUUGAAAAAUAUCAACAAACAUGAUCCAACUUCCAUUGUGAUAAAUACUUAUCAAGUCGAUGUCACGUCAAUUGAGUUAUCGGUGUUAAUGAGACUAAUGAUCAUGAUAAUGGAAAACCGAUUGUUACUGCAAAGUAAAUUAGACAUCCAAGAUAAUCUUAUACAAGAUACUUCAUGCGACUGUACGGAUGUCGAUGGAAUUUUAGAAUAUUCUAUUAGUGCUACUCAUUCAGUGACAAAUAAAUUAUCUACAACUGAGGAUAUUGAGAAAUGGAUCGAUGAAUUUCUGGCAUCUUUUAAAGGAUAUUUGGAUAAAUUUUCAGAAAAUGACUUUGAUGAUGUUAAGGAAAGAUUAAGAACAUUUAAGCAAAAUGCUGAUAUGAAUAUUGGAGAAGAAAUUAACAGAAACUGGAAUGAGAUCAUAAAGUGUCAAUACAUGUUUGACAGACACGAGAAAGAAAUACUUGCAUUAAACAAAAUAAAAAUAAACAAAUUAAGAGAAUGGUUUGAUAAGUACACGUGGGACGAAAAUUAUAUGAAAAUGUUGAGUAUACAUAUUACAGGAAAUAAUCCCGACAAAGCACAGUCCAUUACUUUGGAACACAUAAUCGACGAACAUCAACAUAAAAACAUUGAAGAAAUUUAUAUUGUUAAAAUAGAAGCAUACAAGAAAAAACUUCACGUUUAUCCAGUAAUUGAGGGGUAA